CUCUAUAAUUAGCCGGCAAAUCGAGCGGAGAUCGCGAUUUGGCGAUUCGUGGACUCCAUCGUGAGCCCACUCGCGUUCCCUCUUCCGAUUCAAUUUGCAGAGAUUUGACGCCGGGAGACUUCGGGGUUGGGUUGGAUUCGAGGAAGGCGGAGAUGGGGUUGUCUCUAAUCGAGGGUCUCACCAAAUCGCUAGCUAUGACCGUGCUAUCGGAGAUCGGCGACAAGACAUUCUUCGCUGCAGCGAUCUUGGCGAUGCGUCAUCCCCGCAAGGUUGUUUUAUCAGGAUGUUUAUUGGCCUUAAUCGUUAUGACCAUUUUGUCAGCCUGUCUUGGUUGGGCUGCUCCUAAUCUGAUUUCUCGCAAAUGGACACACCAUGUGACAACUCUACUGUUCUUUGGAUUCGGUUUUUGGUCGUUAUGGGAAGGAUUUACAGAAGAUGGCGAGGCUGAAGAAUUUGCAGAAGUAGAAGCUAAAUUGAGUGCUGAUUGGAAGGCUGAAGGAGUUAGCUCCAAAGACAAUCCUAAGGUUUUUGUGUGUGUUUGUGUGUUUCUGUAUAUGAAUUCUUAUGUUUUCAUAUGACAUUCAAACUACAGUCUAAUAUUUUCACUUUCCUGUCAUUUACCUAGCAACUGCAAGUUCAUGGGUAGAAUAACCAAGAACGUCUCAUUGUUGAAAUUUUUUCUUUGAGUCUGCUAAAUUUAUGUAGUGCUAAUUCCCAUCAAAAUGUAUGGUAUCGAGAUAAGUAGGCUUGUUCCUAGUGACAUCAGUUUUGCAAUGCAAGGGGGUUCUUUUGAGCCUUUACGGAUGCAGUAUUAACUACUAAAGAUUUAGUUGUGGAUUUAUUUAGUGCUGAUUCUUGUGAAACUGAAUAGUGUCAAGAUAGUUAAGUUUGUUUGAACUAAUGUCUACAUUGCAAUGGAAAUGGGUUCUUUUAAGCCUUUAUAGCAGCAAUAUUAACCACUAAAGAUUAGCCUGAGAAGAAACUAGAAGCAGCAGGAUAAUGAACAAUAACGCUUGAAUUAAUGGCUGUGAAGAAAUGGUAGGAAGCCAUAUCUCUAGGGGGUAUUUCUUUUCCACUUUUUGAUCUUGGUUGAUACCAAUGAUCCAUGUAACCAACCGUAUCACCUUAUCUACAUCUUAUUGUUGCUAGAAGUUUCCUAUUAUGAGGCUGGUUCUUUAGUUAGAGCAUUGUCAGCCUACCAGUGCAGUGUUUUUUUCAUUCUCUCAUAAAUUUCGAACAAGCAAGCAAUAUUUUCAUAAAGAAGAUAUUGUCAAUGGCUGAUCUAACUAAAUUAAUUUGAAGCAAA